AUGCGAGGUACGGCGACCCAGCGUCAGCCUGCGGCGGCUGUCCUCCUGCUGUUGGUACUGUGGCCGCCUUCGUCAGAAGCCGUGGUGAGCUCGACCAAACGGCCUCGCGAUCUGACAGAUUCUUCUUCAGCACAAACUUUUGAAGAGCUUUUCCCUAAGUUGAGGGUUGACAGUGCUCUCAUGGAGGCGUCUCCAGCUGCAGGAGUCUCCUACAGGAUGAUGGCUCCUCCUUCUGUUGGUGCUGACGGUGCUGCUGCUGGUGGCGAUGCUGAUGAUGAUGUUCAUGCUGCUGCUGCUGUUACAGCAGCUGUCAACACCCUCCUGCCGGGUCAAUGCUGGUUCACCAUCCUAUCUGACGGAGCCCAGACGGAAGCCGCCGCCGUCGUCGCCAGCAGUCUGAGAGAGACUGUAGCUAAAGCAGGUGUCACGAUAUACACACUGAAGGAGGAGGUGCUGUUGAGGGAGGAGACCUGGAGAUCAUCUCCCUGUGAUGUUUAUAUCUUCAUGCUAAUGGAGGGAGACGCGUUCAUCCGCCAUGCUAAUGUCAGCCAUUAUCACGUGUCCACCGCCAACCAUCAAUCCCCCCACGCCCUCUGGAACUACCACGCCUACUACAUAAUUCUUCUCUUCCAUUCUGGAAACGCCACUCUCAAGCCGUCAGACGUAGCAAAACUUUACAACUUGAGGAAAACUGAGAAAUUACUGAUCUUACAGCAACGAGAGAAUCAUCUGGUGGCCUGGACCCACCAGCUUUAUUCCCCGUCGACCAAGCUAACAUUUCUUGACAUUUGGAGCGGCGGAAAAUUCCGGAGAGGCGGGAAUCUCUUCCCUAAGAAACUGGUUGAUAUGGAAGGAGUUGUCUUACGUGUGGCCGCGUUUUAUCAUCCUCCGAGCCUUAUUUACGUCCGAGACGAUCACCAGAAUAUUGUCAGCACGGCGGGAAUUGAUAUUCGAGUUGUGGAAACGCUUGCAAAGGCUAGAAACUUUACUGUUGAAUAUAUUGAUAUCAGCCUCGAAGACAUGUGGGGGAUUGAGCUACCUAACGGCACAUUUACCGGUCUGGUCGGAAGAGUCUAUUAUGAGUUGGCAGACAUUGGUUUAUGCAAUCUGUACUUAGAGACACACUUUUCGAAAAAAGUUGAUUACUCAACUCCUUAUAACUUCGACCGCGGCUGCUUCGUGGCUCCCUCCCCCAAGCCACUGUCCGGCUGGAAGUCUCCUGUGAUGCCAUUCACCUGGGACACGUGGAGCUCUGUGGUCGUGGCUCUGGGAGUGGGCGGUGGCCUCCUGUAUCUUGUGGCCACUCUCAGCCACAGUCCAGAGUCAGCAGAGUUCCGAAGUCUUUCUUAUGAUUACCUUUACAUCCUGGGCGCCUUAACAAUGCACUCACUCAGAAUUGUACCAUCGAAGGCACCGAUGCGAUUGUACAUUGGGUUUGUGUGGCUCUUUUGUCUCAUCGUCGCUACGGCUUACUCUGCCAAUUUGGUGGCUUUUUUAUCCUUUACUCCAAUGACAACACCAAUCAACACAUUGAUCCAGGUAUCAAGAAGUGGCCUGAGUAUUGGCAGCAACAUCUUCUGGAAGCCCCAGUUUUAUGAAUCCACUGAUCCAGUUGUCCUAGCGAUUGCUAAAGUUUUAAGAUUUGACUUGGACUAUUAUUAUCUCUAUAACUUGGUCGAAGAUGGGACAUUUAUCAACAUCGAUAGCGUUAACUAUAUAAACUUUGAGAUUAGAACACGCUUCACGUAUGGCAGUCAUGCAUCUAUCCGGGUGGUGCCGGAGUGCCUCAUGCCCUACAGCAUUGGCUUGGGCUUACAGAAAAACUCCCCGUUAAAGUCUCACUUCGACCCACUCAUCUUGCAGAUGUUGGCGUCAGGGGUAAAUUAUAAGUGGCAGGAGGAAGCGGUGGCCUACAUCAGAGCCCAGUACACCAGCAAGCGGCACCAUGCACAAGAGGAAUCACACAACAAACCUCUCAACAUGGUACAAUUCCAGGGAGUGUUCUACAUGUAUGUUGUCUUGUGUCUGCUUUCGGCAAUAAUUCUGGCAAUGGAAAUUGCUGUUGCCUCACGAGGAUGCUGAAACACAUCCUCAACAUGCAUCAGCUCCUGAGAUGAACCACCCAAUAAGUAAAAUAAUCUAAUCAUGACAUUAAUGUAUGAGAACUAUGGAUAUUGUACUUUUAACUUUUGUUAUUCUUCACCAAAGUUUAAAAAUGUUAAUAAACUUUAAAUUAGAAUGAAUGAUAGAAUAAUGUAGCAGUUGAACCUUAAAUGUUGUUGCAACAGAAAAAAAGAGUAUUAACUGGUUACGUAAAAUUUAAUGUAAUUUUUCUUGCUCCAAAAGCAAUAUUAUAGC